AUCACAACGACAAUCAAAGUUCUCACUUCAACAAAUCCUCAACAACAACCACCGUUUACUCCCAUCAAUUCCUUCUCUCUCCCCUUUUCCUCUCAAAGAUUAUUUCUGGCUAGUUUUUCUCCAAAUAUAGCUUUCACGAUUUGUGGCCUAAGAGCUAGCUAGCUUAUGUAGCUUCUUCUAUGUAGCUUAAAAGAAAUUGAUAUCAAGAGGCCAAAAGAAAUGGGGCUGUUGUCCAGAAAAGCCACGUGCAACUCUCAUGGGCAAGAUUCUCCUUACUUCCUAGGAUGGCAAGAAUACGAGAAAAACCCCUACGAUGAAGCCAAGAAUCCAAAAGGAAUUAUUCAGAUGGGUCUUGCAGAGAAUCAGCUCUCCUUUGAUCUUCUUGAGUCUUGGAUGGCCAAAAACCCAGACGCAGCUGGUUUUAAGAGAGAUGGGCAAUCCAUCUUCAGAGAGCUUGCUCUUUUCCAAGAUUAUCAUGGCCUCCCUGCAUUCAAAAAGGCAUUGGUUGAUUUCAUGGCUGAAAUCAGAGGAAACAAAGUAACGUUUGAUCCAAAUCACAUGGUACUCACCGCCGGUGCAACUGCUGCAAAUGAAACUCUGAUGUUCUGUCUCGCCGAAGAAGGCGACGCUUUACUUCUUCCUACGCCAUAUUAUCCAGGAUUUGAUAGAGAUCUCAAAUGGCGACCUGGGGUUGAGAUUGUACCAAUCCAGUGUACCAGCUUUAAUCGCUUCCAAAUCACUGCAUCGGCCCUCGAAGAAGCUUAUCAACAAGCACAAAAAAAGAACUUGAGGGUGAAAGGGGUCUUAGUCACCAACCCCUCUAAUCCAUUGGGCACAACAAUGACAAGAGGCGAAUUAGACCUACUCAUUAACUUCAUUACUGCCAAAGAAAUCCAUUUAAUAAGCGAUGAAAUUUACUCCGGAACUGUUUUUAGCUCUCCAGCCUUCGUAAGUAUCAUGGAAGUAUUAAAAGAUAGAAACCUCGAGAACACUGAAGUCUGGGACAGAGUUCACAUUGUUUAUAGUCUUUCAAAGGAUCUGGGUCUCCCUGGUUUUCGAGUUGGUGCAAUUUACUCCAACGAUCCCAUUGUUGUGGCUGCCGCCACAAAAAUGUCCAGCUUUGGCCUAGUUUCUUCCCAGACUCAAUACCUUCUCUCCGCCAUGCUAUCCGAUAAGAAAUUCACGAAAGAAUACAUUUCCAAAAAUCACAAGAGGCUCCAAAAGCGACAGAGCAAGCUGGUUUCAGGCCUGGAAAAAGCCGGCAUCAGCUGCUUAGAAAGCAAUGCCGGGUUGUUCUGUUGGGUUGACAUGAGGCACCUUUUGAGCUCCAACACAUUUGAAGCAGAAAUGGAGCUUUGGAAGAGAAUAGUUUACGAUGUUAAACUAAACAUUUCCCCCGGUUUUUCAUGUCAUUGCACUGAACCAGGCUGGUUCCGAGUUUGCUUCGCAAACAUGUCCGAAGACACCCAAAAGCUCGCCAUGCAACGAUUGAAGUCCUUCGUUGAUUCCAUGACCAUUAACAGCCAGAGCCACCAAGAAUUAAAAAACGCAAGAAGAAAGUCCCGCACCAAAUGGGUUUUCCGGCUAUCGUUCCAAUCUUUCCAUGAUCGGGAGCAAGAUGAACGAUAAGUCUGGUCAUAUUUUUAGAAGUGUGAACACAUUGUUCAUUUUGAACAUACCUUUUUCAGAUUUUUUUUUUUUGCUUCAAAAGUUAUUUCUUUAAUUGCAGACAGAGAGAAAGAGAAACUGCACUCAGUCCAUGUUGGGAUUUGAAGUGUGUUUAGUUUCAUUUGUAUAAUUUACGUUACCACUUGGCAUGAAAAUCAUCUUGGAUUCGUCAAAUUAUUAUACUAAAUAAUUUGUCAGUAUAAAUUCUACAUCAAUCUACAU